AUGGCCCAUCUGCUUGGUUGGAAAGAUAUCCUUAGGCCAAUCCGCGACGGAUACCGCCAUCUCUUUCCUACCCCCGACACUGGGCCAACGCCUGAAGAGCGACGCAGACAGCGCCAAGUAGAUCGCCUGAAGGGCUUCGCCUACUUCGAUACAUUCGACCAGUUGGAGUCGUGGAAGGAAGACGAUUCUGAUCCGCUGCAACGAGCCAACACGCCGCUGCUACGCGGGACCGACGGCAUUGAGAGGGGCGGCGUCGUCAAAGCCCCCGUUCUAUUGAUCCAUGACUACUCUGGCAAUUACCAUGACUACGAAAGCGUCAACGCUGUUGACGUGGACAGAGAGUUUUAUUCGUGUGAAUACCUCCAGUUUGUUGAUACCUUCAUUUACUUCUCGCAUAAGUUGGCUUGCGUUCCGCCGCCUACAUGGAUCAAUUUGCUUCAUAGAAAUGGCGUCGAGGUGCUGGGAACGCUGUUGAUUGAGCCGCAGACUGAGGGUUCGGAACGUUUGUUACAUCAUACGUUUGACCAAGCCGGAGAGAUGCACUUCCCCAUGGCGAAGAAACUAGCUAGCAUCGCGACGCACUUUGGCUUCGAUGGCUGGCUAGUCAACAUCGAGAAGCCGUUUCCAAGCGAAUCGUGGAGUGCAAAGCUUCUCGAAGCCUUCCUGCUCCAGUUGAAAGCCAACCUAGGAGUCGGCCUCGACGCUGGCAGGCGGCUCAUAUGGUACGACGCCCUCACCACCUCCAACAAAAUCUCUUACCAGAAUCAAGUCAACAACUCCAACAUGGACUUUGCCUGUGCAUGCAGCAACAUACUCACAAACUAUUGCUGGAAAGAUCUCGACGUCUCCGAAUCAAUAAAGUGGUGCUUGUACAGCAAAUUCCUACCCAAGGGAAACAUCUACUUCGGUGUGGAUGUCUGGGCACAAAACAAGUCUGAUUUCAGGCAUCCGCGCGUUACAUGGCCAGAGGUUGGAGGUGGCGGCACCAAUACCGGGAUGGCUGUGGCGAAAAUGGCCGACUAUGGCUUGCCAGUAGGUAUCUUUGCGCCCGCGUGGUCGUUUGAGCAUUUCCCAGAUCAUGGACGCCAUCUUGAACGUGCUGUCUGGGAAGGUGAGUCGCUGCCAGAGAACAUCCAGUGUAGCUGCGGAGAUUGCGAAUUUCGGCAUCCGCUGAACAGAGAGUGGCCUAUUUUGCGUACGGCGAAGGAGCGCGUGGCGGGCUCAGAGCAUUUGCUCUACACGGAUUUUAGUCGUGCUUUCGGAACAUAUCGAGAAAAGGCAAACGACAAGCUCGAUGGCUACAACAUACACGCACAGCUAGGCCAGCAAUCCGUACUGCCUCGUCCAGCCAUCCUCGCACCUGGUUCGGGAGCCGUCACACUCUCAUACCGCAUCGAGAAUGAACAAAACAACCACAUCCUAGUAAUCACCGCAACACAGAACCGCCCAACCGAUUCGGAAACGAUAGAAGAACACCUUCCCCUCUAUAAACUUGACAUGCCCGCAGAUGGCUCCCUCCAUCUUUCCGCCGUACCAAGCCCGGCAUCCCCAUCCUACAUAACCCCACAAACAAGAGAUGCGGUCAUAAGCAUCUAUUUCAAAACCACGCAAGGGACGCACUACCUCCCGUCACCUUUGUCCAGCGAUCCGCAACGAUUAAUUGACCAAGUACCCAACGCCCGUAUCCGUGAACUAGGCGUCCACCUAAAGGGGCAUUGGGGCGCCCCAGUCGGCGAAACUGUACGAGUACUGGGCAUUAGAGAUAUAUGCAUUACGCCCCGCUUCACGCUGCAUCAUACACCCGUCUUUGAAAUUGCGGACCUCAAGCUGGUACAGUGCGGGCAAGAGCAAGGCGAGGAAGACCAUAUAGUUCGAUUAACGUGGAAGACUGAAGGAGCGCUUGGGAGCGAGUGGGUUGAUAAAGGGAUGGUGCUUAGUCAUGUGACCGGGCCCAUGGCGUGGUUUGUUGUUCGAGUGGGCGGGGUGGUGGUGGGUAGGAUGUAUGCGUUAGAGUGUAUUUUGGACAAGAAGGUCGUGGAAGCACACGCUGGGCAGGAAGUCGAGGUUGAAGUCACAGGGUUUGGUUUCGAUGGGUACAAGCUUGCGGAGAAGAAGAGUCCGGCGAAACGCAAAGCCGAGAAGGACAUAUCGCCGCUGAAAGCGAAGAAGACAAGUAUAGAGACAAAAACAAAGACGAUAGUUCCUGCGUAUCAUCUCACCCCAUCAAGACAGGAUGAGUCUGGAGAGAUUGUAUGGCCCGCGAGAAAAGAGCAGAUUAAACGCGCCCGGGAAAUCAUCAGAAACUGCGCCUCAGCCCAGAAGCCAACCGUCAUCCUCCCCGACAAGGAUGCAGACGGACUCUCAUCUGGCGCCAUACUUCACCAUACCCUCACAGCUCUAGGUCUACCACCUGAUCUCAUAUCCGUGUAUUUCCCACCAAAAGGCUCAAACGUACAUGAUGAAAGUACAAAGGAAGCUUUGACAAAACUAUCUCCAUCAUACAUCUUCAUACUAGACCAAGGCAGCAGGGAAACGCCACCAGUCGUCGACUUGCCGCAUACAUGCCUCGUCGUAGACCACCACUUUGCCGACGAAGGAGGAUUUCCAAAAGGCAGCGAUUACGUGACAGCUCACGACUGUCCGCCUGUCGCGACUAGUGCGCUGUUGACGUACACAAUCUGCUUACCACUCCAUCCGGAUCUCAACGACAAAGUGUCUUGGUUGUGUGCACUAGGAACCCACGGCGACCUGGGUAGUAGCAUAAAAUGGGAACCCCCUUUCCCCAACCUAACCGCAACUUUCAAAUCCCAUUCCAAGAAAUCCAUCAACGACGCUGUAGCCCUAGUCAACGCACCACGGCGGUCGGCAGCCUACAACGUGCAGGAUGCCUGGGAUGCCGUCCUAUCUGCCACCAGCCCCUUGGACAUUGCAAAGAAUGAAAAACUUCACACCGCUUCCCUAGAAGUACGCCGUGAGACGGAGCGAUGCACACAUACGCCCCCUAAAUUCUCAGCCGACGCUACAAUCGCCGUUCUCACGAUAUCUUCUGCCGCGCAGAUUCAUCCUGUCAUUGCUACAAGAUGGUCUGGUACGCUCAAGUCGAAUAAGUUGGAGGUUGUCAUGUGCGCGAAUGAAGGCUAUCUUCCUGAUAAAGUCAACUUUUCCUGUCGUGUUGCCAAGUGUGCGCGGGCGAGGGGAGGAGAGGACAAAGUCAACAUCAUCAGCAAGCUAGAGAGCAUAGUUGCUGACGAUUCUGAACUGAGAAGUAGGUUGGGUGAAAGCUUCGCAAGAGGGCACAAAGAAGCUAGUGGGGGUAUCGUGGGGAAGGGAGAGUGGGAGGAGUUUAAGAAGCUGAUGGGUAUUGGAGAAGCGGCGAAGAAGAAGGCGGAUGCUAAGAAAGAGAAGGAGAAGCCUGCACAGAAGAAUACCUUGGCGAAUUAUUUCGCGAAGAAAGAGAAGGUAAAGGUAGAGGGUGCGUGA